GUCACAUAUCCUUUUUUUCGAAAAAAGGGUCCGUUGACAGAUCCUGCAACGGCAUUCGCUUCCGGAUUACAGAUUUGAUCCUUUUUUGUUUGGCACAGCAUGGCAGCACCGAGCUCGGGUCCCACCACUUUUGCAGACGACGGUCAAGCGGUUAUCGAACGUACGAUUGAUGUGGAAAGUGUCAAGCAUACCGAUUUGGAAGCUUUGUACGAAAUUGAUCGCACGGUGACCGGCAUUUUGCAAGGCGACUAUAAGCGAGUGGCACUGCAAUUUCCUGAUGAGCUGCUGGCCGAUGCUGCGGCGGUAUCAGCUAUAUUAAGAGAAAGAACGGGAAAAGAAAUCUUUAUUCUUGCCGAUACAUCUUACGGCAGUUGUUGCGUGGAUGAAGUGGCUGCCGAACAUGUGAAUUCAGAUUUGAUUGUGCACUAUGGCCGAUCUUGCCUAAGCCCACCUUCCCGUCUUCCCGUGCUCUACGUUUUUGGACAAAAACCGAUGAAUCUCGAUCACUGCAUGCAGGAAUUUGAAUCCCUUUUCCCGGAUCCGGCCGUUCCUGUUAUUAUCAUGUGCGAUGUCGAAUAUUCUUAUGCUGUUGAAUCACUGACUUCCAAGCUGAAGGAACGCUAUUCCAAUAUCAUUCCGACCAAAAUUCAGACGUCCAGCAAGCUUCAAACGACACUUGAUAAAACGGAACAGCGUCCAUUAUUGCGGUCAUCAAAGAGCUGUGGCGGUGAAGGAUGUGGCAGGUCCUGUAGUCAUGAUCUAGAAAGUUUGGAAGAAGAUCACGGUCAUUGUGGCGGCCAUGCACCCAAACCAUCCUUGUACGCCGACGUGAACGAUUUAGCGGAUGAAAAGAAAAAGGGCGGACGUUAUUUCGAAUUACCUGAAGGCGUAUCCAUAGAGGAUUGUUCAAUCUUCUUUAUCGGGGUCGAAAGUCUCACUUUGACCAAUAUCAUUAUGGUCCACAACAAGUGCCCGGUAUAUACAUACGAUCCCAAGACCAAAGUGGCAAGAAAGGAAACGAUACAAGUGAAUCGAAUGCUAAUGAAGAGAUAUUUCUUGGUACAAAAAGCCAAGGACGCAAAUACCAUUGGUAUUGUCGUAGGCACAUUGGGUGUGGCUUCUUAUAUGAAUAUUAUCGAGCAUUUGAAAAAACUGAUCAAGAAUUCCGGCCGUAAAUCGUACUUUUUCGUGAUGGGCAAACUCAACGUGGCGAAAAUGGCGAAUUUCAUGGAAAUUGAUUGUUAUGUGCUUGUCGCUUGUCCUGAAAAUAGCUUGAUCGAUUCCAAGGAGUUUUACCGCCCAAUUGUUACCCCCUUUGAACUGGAGAUCGCCCUUGUCAGAUCCAAGGAGUGGACGGGUGAUUACGUAUUGGAUUUCUCAAAGCUACUUCCCCAAUUACGAACCGAUGGAUUUGUUUACGACGAGGAACGAGAAGAAGGUUCGAGCGAUGAAGAGGAGCACUUUUCGCUGAUCACUGGUCAAUACAAACCGAGACUUUUCCAACGUACUUCGACAAAGAAGGCCGAUGAUACAGGCGAGGUGUUGACCAGCAAAUUGACUGAUUUGACGUUGCGCAACAAUGAACGAGCCAUUGCAACUUUAUUGCACAGCACAGCUGGUGAAUAUCUAAGGAACCGAACGUAUAAAGGCUUGGAGCAAAGAUUGGGAGAAGAUGAGGCUGGUGAAGUGCUUGAAGGUCGAUCAGGCAUUGCCAGAGGUUACAAGGAUGAAAAACAGUAAGGAGAGCAUGAUGAUGCCAUUAUCACGCUACUUCACUGUGGCGCGAAACGCUCCCUGCUUUUUUUUUCAUUUGUUGAACCGAACGCUUUACAAUGCGCUGUAUACGUGUAUUUUUUUUUCUUUUUGCUCCUUUUUUUUCAGUAUAUUCAAAUCCACUUUAUAGACUUCCCUUUUUCGGGGAUUUUUUUUUGGUUAAUUUUAUUCAUUUAUACUUUUCAUUCUUUAGCAUUUUAUUAUCAGGAAAAAAAAACAUCGUACUCAAGCUGUAGUACACUAUAGAUAAAGCUUGUGAUU